AAGAUGAAGAAAGACAACAAGACCACUGCUUCUGAAUUCAUCCUCCUUGGCAUCUCAAGCCAGCAGGACUGGAAUGGACUAUUAUUUGCCCUCUUAUUGAUCAUGUACAUAACCACAAUGACUGGAAAUCUUACCACUGUCUUGGCUAUAAGCCUGGAUGACCAUCUCCUCCAUAUCCCCAUGUACUUCUUCCUCAGCAACCUCUCACUGGCAGACAUCUAUUUCACAACCACCAUUGUGCCCAAGAUGUUGGCUGGCACAUUCUGCAGAGUGAGGAAGAUCUCACAUGGUGGGUGCUUCACGCAGAUGCACUUUUUCCUUGCUUUUGGAACGAUCAACAACUUUCUCUUGGCAUCCAUGGCAUUGGACCGCUAUGUGGCCAUCUGCCGGCCUCUGCAUUAUGCCACAGUCAUGAGCAGCCGGGUCUGCCUGCUCCUCGUAGCUGUCUCUUGGCUGGUCUCUCACCUCCAUGCUCUCUUGCACACCUUCCUGAUGUCCAGCCUCUCCUUCUGUGCCUCCAAUUGGGUGCUUCACUUCUUCUGUGACAUCUUCCCGUUGCUCAAGAUCUCUUGUUCUAACACAGACUUGAACGUCCUGCUAGUUCACACAGAAGGUGCUGUGGUGGUCAGUGGAGUUCUGUUGUUCAUUGCCCUCUCCUAUGCAUGCAUCCUGAUAGCUGUGUUGAAAAUUCCAUCAGCUGAAGGAAAGUGGAAAGCCUUCUCCACCUGUGGGUCCCACCUGGCUGUGGUGACCCUGUGGUGGGGCACUGUCAUCUGGGUCUACUUCCAGCCCUCAUCCAGCUUCUCAGCCGAGAAGGACACACUGGCUGCCAUCAUGUAUACAGUGGUUACACCCAUGCUGAAUCCCUUCAUCUACACUCUGAGAAAUGACAAGAUGAAGGAAGCCCUGAGAAAGCUUUGUGGAAGCAAAGUUACCUAA